UCCUUCAUACGGUCGGAGGGUGGCUACCAAUUUCUUUCUGGUAGCCACUGUUCUAAUACACGAAUAACAUAUGCGACCGUAUACUACAACGCGGCGUCGACCUAUUUCCUUACCGUGAAUUCUACGAAUGCCCUUCGCCAAGUUUCCCCCCGAUUCCGUUCCACGACCUUAAUUACAUUACAAGAACCAUCACAACCGAUCAGCUUAAGAAUAUUAAUUGCGACGCUGCGAAUCACUAUUACAAUUGCUGACUCAAGUUUGCGACAAACUAGUACAUCGAGACUUGCGCCAAUGAUCUGACAACCUCCACAACCUAAUCGCUAGUCAGAUCGAUAUCGAGGUGGAUUUUUAGUACGGCCAUGAGUACACCCUUUGAGUAAUUACUGGAUAUUGCGGCGGAUUAAGGAGAUACGCGAAACCUCGGUCGCAUUGGUAUUUGUUGACGCGCCGUUCGCGUUUCGCAAUGUUGUCUUUCAAUCCCAACAGCCAUGGCGGAGCGUCGGGUCCUAAGACGCCCGAGCCUACGACCUUCGGCGAUGAAUUACAACCGCCCUCCCCCCCGCGACGAUUCAGAUUGAAGAGACGACACCUAACUCCACAUUUAAAUGCGCCGACUCAACAGUUCUUGGCUUCCGUCGCAGCAGCCGACGUGCCCGUGCCAAGUAUCGAGGUAGAUGAAUCGGACAGUAUGAUGUAUGAGGAAGAAGAGGCGGAGACAUAUGGACACUUGCAAGUGCGCACCUUUUCACCUCCCAAAACACCCGCAAUCGAGUUCGCACCGACUUCCGAAACCAAGUACCCUGACUGGACUCUUGGAUCGGAGUGGAGCUACUCAGACCUUGAAUCAAGCCCGGAAUAUGAGUCUAGCAGACCAUCUACGGCUUUCUCCACCCAGACCAGCACGUCACUGUUUAGUCAACUCUCACAGGCUACUGAGGAUGGCGAUUUUAUAAGUCCAGAGCCAAAGCCGUUAGAGCUACCCAAUCUCGACUCUCACACCAAUGUAGAUGCGGCGCGUAAGGAGAGAUCGCGAAAGGCACCAUGGACUAAAGCCAUGGAUUCGCAUUUAUGGUCAACUUACAUGCUUUACUUGCAAGACCCGCGUGUCACUCCAAUUCGUCUUAGUAGGAGCCGUAUUCCUCCCACUGGUGUUUGCUUGCGCGUUGCACGAGAAGCUAAAAGAAGCUGGAAAGGAUCAAAAGGGCUUUUAACGGCGGACACUAAGAGCGGAAGCAACACCCCUACCGCAGAGACCUCGAAGCCUUACAUUGAAUGGCCUCAUACUUGUGCUGCUACCAGGGCCCAUCUACGUGAGCUUUGUAAGCGCAACGCCGCUGCCAGUCCGCGACAGUAUAAGUCGCCGAGUCCCGCUCCCUUUUCUAAGGCAGCUCAUCGUCGUUGGAACCGAAAAUCCGUUCCAGCUACAUCACCUUCCAUAUUCUCUGCCCAUGAUAUGGCUCUUUCCUUGGCAGUGAGCACUUCUGACACUAUGAAGCCCGAGGCUCCCUUAGCUCAGCUCACAAGCUCUGAAAUGGAGCCUUUACCAGAGCCUGUGGAAGAUAUCGAGGUGAAGGCAGCUAAGCAGGAACCACUAUCUCCAGACGUACCGUUUCUGCCCUCUCCAGUUAUGGCUAAGAGCUAUGGACCAAGUUCGUCCUCCACCUUUGCUUCAGGUAUCAGUUUGCCCCGGCAAUCGAAUACGGUUGGUUCACGCAAACUCCUCAAGUCGCCGGUUCGCCUCACCCGAUCUCGCUCGGGUACGCAGAAGCGUAGGUCCACUAAGAGUGAGGACCUAUCACGAAAGCGCCCGAGUCUAGCAGCCGCUUUCUGGAAAGAAUCGUCCGAAACUUCGAACAAUCUGGUACAAACUCAACCUUCAGUGACGCGCAAUCGAGGCAAUAGUAUGUUCAUGCAGGAACCGCAAGAGUUCCCUGGCCCGUCGGCGCCCCACAUCGACGAGUCCGACCCUUUUGUUGUGUCAGCUGUAUCUGCAGCGCCACCUACGCAGCCACGCCGCCUAGGAUCGCCGUUCUCUGGCUCUUGCUCAAGCCUUAGCUUUCCUAACAGACUGUCAACUCCAAUUAACUUUAACCUAACGGCUUUACGCCGACCUUUUGCGACCGUACAGCAAACAAGCCAAGAACGUUCGGAAGCGCAACCAGCUUCUAGAUCCUCUUUGCCAUCCCGUUUGGCCUAUCUCGAUCAGCGACUAAGAGAAAUUCGCAACCGCAGACGUUCUCAGUCCCCCAUGUAAUCAAUAUCGGCAAUCGCACCAUUCUUAAACUACUUUGACACCAUCGCGUGUGUUCUUUCUUUGUAUACAACUAUA